UUUGAAUGUUUCCCUCGUUGUGAUUCAUAUCCUUCUCGAUCAUCCUCUCCCUCACCCCCUAACAUAUACGCCAUGGAUUCUUCAUCAGCCAACGUUGAUAUCAAGAAGAAGCAGCAGGAGGCUCCUACUCCUCAGAACACUCCCAUCUUCUCUGCUCCUAUCAACUCGUCCGUUCGUCCCUCUGUCCCUACCGUUGAGGAAGAUUUGGAGACUAUCAAGACCCCUGGUACCUCUCUCUUGGCUAACAACCCUCAACUCAUGUCCAUGCUGCAAGGUCGUCUUGGCAACUUGGUCGGCGCUCCUUCCGGCUAUUACCAGAGCUUGCCCGUCGAGGUUCGUCGCCGUGUUAAAGGUUUAAAGUCGCUUCAAAAUAAGCACUCUGCCUUGGAAGCCGAGUUCCAGAACGAGAUUCUUGCUUUGGAGAAGAAGUACCUUGCUCUCUAUACUCCCUUGUACGAGAAGCGUGCUGAUUACAUCAGCGGCAAGUCCGAACCCACUGACGCUGAAGUUGCUGAGGGCGUCAGUGACGGGGAGAAUGAGGAUGACCAAGAUGAGGACGAAGAGGAUGAGGACAAGGAUACUCAGAAGGUUGAAGGCAUUCCCGAGUUCUGGCUCACAGUCUUGAAGUCGAACCCUCAAUUUGCUGAUAUCAUCACUGAGAAAGAUGAGGAGGCUUUGAAGCACUUGGUUGACAUUCGCAUGGCUUACUUUGAGAAACCUGGUUUCCGCCUUGACUUUGAGUUCUCACCCAACGAUUUCUUCACCAAUACCAUUCUGUCAAAGACUUAUUAUUACCAGGACGAGCCUGGUUACGGCGGAGAUUUUGUCUAUGAUCAUGCUGAGGGCACCCAAAUUGAAUGGAAGGAGGGCAAGGACCUUUCAGUUACUGUCGAGACUAAGAAACAACGCCACAAGGGUACCAACAAGACUCGCGUAGUUAAGAAGACUGUCCCUGCUGAGACUUUCUUCUCGUUCUUCAGCCCUCCAGUUGCCCCUGGAGACCAGAGUGACGAAGAAGCUGACGACGAUGAGGAUCUGGAUGAGAAGCUUGAGGCCGAUUAUGGUUUGGGCGAGGAGUUGAAGGACUCGAUCAUUCCCCGAGCUGUUGAUUGGUUCACUGGAAAAGCCCUUCAGUAUCAGGAUGGCGACCAAUACGAUGAUGAUUUUGAUUAUGAUGAUGAGGAUGAAGAAGAGGAUGAUGAUGAGGACGACGACGAGGACGAUGAUGACGAGGGUGUCCCCACCAAGGAUGAGAAAGCCCCUGAAUGCAAGCAACAAUAG